AUGAGAAUGUCUGCACAAAGUGUAGUGAUUCUUUCACAUUUCAUCACCAUGUUUGUCACAUUUGGGGUGUGUUUUGGCUCUUUCCUAGAGGACACAUAUCAUCUAACUAAUUAUCAACGUAACUCCAUCAAACCAAAUGAUGAACAUUUUGGUAUCAUCAUGGAAAGGGCUUAUGGAUCUGCCCCAUCUACAAGGUCUCAAAUAAGGAUCAAUGUUGAUGACUAUGGAGCCAAAGCUAAUGAUGGAAGACACGACACUGAGGCAUUUGAGAAGGCAUGGAAUGAGGCAUGUUCUACAGGGGGUGUUCUUGUAGUCCCAGAAGAAAAAACCUAUCAUUUGAAGCCAAUAACUUUCUCAGGACCAUGCCAACCCAAUACUGUCUUCAGGGUCUAUGGAACGAUCAAAGCAUGGCCUAAAAUGUCAGCAUAUGGAAAAGAAAGACUACUCUGGAUUAUGUUUCAAAAUGUCACCAAUCUUAGAGUUGAUGGUGGUGGCACUAUCAAUGGCAAUGGGAGAAAAUGGUGGGAAAACUCUUGCAAAACCAAUGAAAUCCUUCCAUGCAAACAUGCACCUACUGCCGUGACAUUCUAUCAAUGCAACAACUUGAGGGUGACAAACCUGAGGUUCAAAAAUGCACAACAAAUGCAUAUAAGGUUUCAAAAAUGCAACAACGUGACGGCUUCGAAUUUGAUCGUGAGAGCACCAGGGAACAGCCCAAACACUGAUGGAAUUCACGUCACAGAGACAAAAAAUAUUAUCAUAAGCAAUAGUAUCAUUGGCACAGGUGAUGAUUGUAUUUCAAUAGUGAGUGGGUCCCAGAAUGUUCGAGCCAUCGAUGUCACGUGUGGACCAGGGCAUGGAAUCAGCAUUGGAAGCUUAGGGGCUGGUAACUCAGAAGCUCAAGUGUCCAAUGUGUUAGUGAACAGAGCCACCUUAACAGGAACCACUAAUGGAGUUAGAAUAAAGACUUGGCAGGGAGGUUCUGGGUAUGCAAAAAACAUAAAAUUUCAGAAUAUAACAAUGAGAAACGUGACAAAUCCCAUAAUUAUAGAUCAAAACUACUGUGACCAGGACAAGCCAUGCAAGGAGAAGGCCUCAGCAGUGCAAUUGAGGAACAUUGUGUACCAAAACAUCAGAGGAACAAGUGCUUCAGAAGUGGCAAUCAAAUUUGAGUGCAGCAAAACUUUUCCAUGCAAAGGAAUAUACCUGCAAGAUGUGAUCUUAACACCACAGGGUCAUGGUGACACUAAAACCAUUGCUACAUGUGAAAAUGUGAGAUAUGUUAACAGGGGAAAAAUGGAAGGGGAAGGAAAGGUAUCUGCAGAAAAUGAGCCACAAAGCAGGUUCAAAAGAAUAUGUGUUUUCUGCGGUAGUAGAGCUGGAUACAAGUCUGCAUUCAGUGAUGCAGCUCUUGAGCUUGGUAAAUUGAUGGUUGAAAGGAGAAUUGAUUUGGUUUAUGGAGGAGGAAGCUUAGGACUAAUGGGUUUGAUCUCUCAGACUGUGCUAAAUGGAGGUUGCCAUGUUCUUGGAGUGAUUCCAGAAGCUCUAUUGCCUCGUGAGAUAUCUGGAGAGACCUUUGGAGAAGUGAAAACAGCUGCAGAUAUGCAUGAAAGGAAGUCAAUCAUGUUUGAACAUGCAGAUGCAUUCAUAGCACUUCCUGGAGGGUAUGGAACAAUGGAAGAGCUGCUAGAAGUGAUAGCCUGGUCUCAGCUAGGAAUACAUGACAAACCAGUUGGAUUGUUUAAUGUGGAUGGAUAUUUCAAUAGCUUGUUGAGCCUAUUUGAUAAGGGAGUGGAAGAAGGUUUUAUACAAAACUCUGCAAGGCAUAUUAUGGUCAUAGGAGACACAGCACCAGAACUCAUGAACAAAAUGGAGGAAUAUGUUCCCUUUGGUGGCAAAUAA